CAAGAGACGGCUCAGCUGAUUUGGUUUAGUUGUUAGCAACUGAGCUAAUCUCAAUGAUUCAAGCUGCCCCUGUCUCAGUGGAAAAAUACAGCAGUGAAGUGAUAUACCUUGGAUCUUUGUCAGUUUUUCAAGUCAGACGUAAGGUGUGCAGACCAAUCUGACAAUAAUUAGGUCAUAGAGGAGCCAAAGGAAAGCUAAUUUGUUUCUCACUCUGGUUCUGCUGAUGGCAUGUUGUUUGCGUAGAGACCCUGCAGUAAACCUAGCUGAGAAGAAUAUUGAUCAGUUAGUUGUUGCUGUAAGCAACUCUUGGGGGAGGGGGCUUUGUGAUGGAGAGGAAACAGCCUCGAGAUGCCCGGUCAAGAUAACGGUCUGAUAAAGAAGACUCAGCUGUUGGACCGCGGCCAGUGGGCGAACAAGUUGGAGUUCUUGCUGGCUGUGGCAGGAACCCUGGUUGGGCUGGGAAACCUCUGGAGGUUCCCCUAUUUGUGCUACAAAAAUGGGGGAGGUGCAUUCCUGGUUCCAUACGUCUUGUUUCUGCUUGCUUGUGGUAUCCCAAUGUUCCUCCUGGAGACGGCCAUGGGACAGUUCACAUCUCAAGGAUGCAUCACCUGCUGGAGGCACUUCUGCCCCUUGUUUGAAGGGAUUGGUUACGCUACCCAGGUCGUGAUUGCAUAUGCUGCCGUGUCAUACAUCGUCAUCCAGGCAUGGGCCUUCUUCUACCUCUUCUCGUCCUUCAGCGCGGAGGUUCCAUGGGCCAGCUGCAGGAACACCUGGAACACAGAGUCUUGUGUUGAAUUUGGUAGAGCAAACGUGUCAUCCAAUUGGACAGCAGCUGCGAACGCAACGACGCCUGCAACAGAAUUCUGGGAGAGACGAGUAUUGGGUAUAUCUCAAGGGAUUGAGGAGGUUGGUAGCCUGAGGUGGGAGUUGGCCUUGUGUCUUUUACUGGCGUGGAUCCUGUGCUACUUCUGUGUUUGGAAAGGAGUGAGAUCCACUGGAAAGGUAGUUUACUUUACAGCCACUUUCCCCUACGUGAUGCUGGUGGUUCUCUUGGCUCGUGGACUCACUUUACCAGGAGCAAUGGAUGGCUUAGCUUUCUACCUGUAUCCUGACCCGACAAGGUUGGUGGACCCUCAAGUUUGGAUGGAUGCAGGUGCACAAGUUCUUUUCUCUUUUGGGAUUUGUCAGGGGAGUUUGACAGCUCUGGGCAGUUACAAUCAGUAUAACAAUGAUUGUUACAAGGACACAUUUGUUCUGUGUUUGGUGAAUGGCGGGUCGAGCUUCGUAGCAGGGUUUGCAAUCUUCUCAGUUUUGGGCUUUAUGUCCUACGAACAAGGACUGCCAAUAUCCGAAGUCGCCGCUUCUGGACCUGGCUUGGCAUUUAUUGCCUAUCCACGUGCAGUAGCCAUGAUGCCUUUACCUCAGCUAUGGGCUAUAUGUUUCUUUGUCAUGGUCAUCUUGUUGGGUGCAGAUACUCAGUUUGUGAGUCUGGAGUGCCUGAUGACCUCGGUGACAGACAUGUUCCCCACUGUGUUUCGAAGAGCUUAUCGUCGAGAAUUGCUGCUGCUUUGUCUGUGCUCUGUUUGCUUCUUUCUUGGCCUCCUUCUCGUCACAGAGGGAGGCUUAUAUUUCCUUCAACUUUUUGACCAUUAUGUUUGCAGUGGCAACAAUCUUCUCCUUCUUUCAGUGUUUCAGUCGAUAGCCAUUGGAUGGAUAUAUGGUGCAGAUCGUCUCUAUGACAACAUUGAAGACAUGAUAGGUUAUCGUCCAUGGCCACUAAUGAAGUAUUGCUGGCUUUACAUUACCCCUGCUGUUUGUCUGGGUACCUUCAUGUUUUCAGUGGUGAAAUACAAGCCUCUCAAGUUCAACAAAACCUACAUCUACCCUACCUGGGCUUAUGCUUUGGGCUGGUCCCUUGGACUGUUCUGUGUUUUACUGGUUCCUCUGUGGGUCAUCUUUAAAGUUACUUACAUGAAAGGGACGAUAUGGCAGAACCUCCGGCAGCUUUGCCACCCUGAAAACAAGAUGCACAGCACAGCAAAGCAACCUGAGCAAUGCCCUUUGAACCCAGACAACCCUACACCUGCUGCCAAUGAAUACAAGGGAAGUGGUGGAGCUGAGAUGGAGAUGCAAAUGUGAGAAGCUGAACAUUUUUGAUAGGGUUUAAAAUGUGAUAUUUUUAUUUUAAACUCCAGGUUUUACAAGCUAAGCAUUUUUAAGAAAUUAUGAAAAGCAAUAAAAUUCGGAAGACUUCCAACUCUACUGGGUUACCACAUCAGGUCUGCAACCUGCACAAUAAGCAGUGAGUCUUGUGUCACUGUAAGAUGUCUGUGCUGUAGACCUACAUUGUAAACAUACAGUAUUGAGAAGACAAAGUUUUCAAAGUUUUUAAAAGCUAUUUUCAGAUAAAGCAAACCUUCAAUGUGUGUGAUUAAGUUAAGUUUUUGAAUGCCACCUCCAUAGAGGAUCAGGAGAUGCCAAUCUCGAUCAUCACUGCCCACUAAGAUGCACUGAUGCCACAGAUUUUUAGGCAAUCCCACCCCCCUAAAAAUGAAAAAAUAAAACAAAAUUUAAAAAAUCUCCAACUCCAAAGGGAGCUGAUGUAUUCAUUAAUGCAGAAUGCAUUUAUAAGGAAUUCAUAUAAGUGAUAAAUGUUCCCUAUUCAUUCUUUGCUAAGCUUACCGGUAUAUAUAUUUAAAAUAGUUUACCUUAUACAUGUCCAGAAGCAGGAAAUUUAAAUUUAAGUAUAAAUUUUAUCUGUAUUAUCUGGCUCUAUUAGCUUUAUGUUAUAUAUUUUUAUGUUGUUGCAUUUAUUUACCUACAUAUCUGUUAUUAAAUUCACCAACCAUUUGUUAUAAUACAGUGGGGACCAUAAUCCUGAGUCUGCUAACUACAGUACAGACAGUACAGUCUACAUUUUGCUUUGCUGUGUAAACUGAUUGCCAAUCCCACCACACUCCUCACAUCUCACUGAAUGAUGUGAUUUAUUUACGGGUCUUCACACUCACAGUUUAUCAUAUGGAGAAAUGUUUGAGUGGAUUAAUUGUGCAGAUUGAUAUUCUGCUUAAAAUAAUACAACAGACUUAACAGACUUACUAAUACUGUUUUUGUGUGGCACAUUGAGGUUGUUACCCCUUGAUAAAUGCUUGCUCUGCUUAGUAGGUUGUUACUGACAAGUUGAAUGUAUAGAGUAGCAAAGUGAGCCUAAUUUCAAGUGUCCAGGGUUCCAGAAGUAAAAGUCAUAUUUAUUUUCUGCAUAGAAAUGUGAGGUCCAAGGCUUGGAUGGGCAUGAAAUUCUCCUGUUUGAAUCGGUACAAAAAUUCAGUUAAAAAGUAAAGCUUAAAAAGACAAAUUUAAAAGAGUGUGUUCAUGAAAACUUCUUGAGAGAAGUCCCAGACCCCAGUGUUUCUAUGUUGACGAACACUGAAGUUAAAAUAAAAUAAAAAUUUUCAAAUAUGAAUUUAAAAUGGGGAAAUAUUUCUGGAACCCGCACCUCUGACUACAGGAAAUGUAUCGUUUGACAGAUGUUAGAAAAGUCUUCAGUUAAUGUUGUGCAAACAAGAUAUUCAGAUAUAUUUCAAUGUCAUACAUGCAACAUUUUUAGUAGGCAACUCAGACUUUUGGCCCCCACUGUAGUUGUUUUUUAUUAAUGUUGUCUAGAAAAUUGGAAAAUUGACUUUGAAUUCUUGGCUACGUCAAAGAUGUAUUGACAGGAGAGCGAAGGUGGUUCACUAAAACUGCUGAAGUAACAACAUUCUCAGACAUAAUGUGUAUUAUGUCAAAAUGUUGUAAACACAUUGUACCUGAAGUACAAAUCAAUGCAAUAACUGCAACAGCUUCACUGUUCAUAAUAGGACUUGCAAGCUGGUUUCCAUGGAGAGUUUGCUACUCAAAUAAAUUCACGAUGUUACUGAUUUCAUAUUAGAGGAGCUCCUUCAGGUCGGCUUUUUGAGUUCUUCCAGUCUUAUUGUGUAUCUUUGACAGCAGUCGUUGCUCUCACUGACUUAUUUUAGCAUAUUGCAGUUAAUGCUGUUCCCACCACCAGUAAAUCACAAAAGUGCACUUUGUCCGGUUACUUAAUGUGGACUUUGUAUAAGCAAUGUAAAACUGUUUUUUUGUCAAAUUAUAUCCGUGCUAUGAGAAAUCAAUAAAUGUUGUUUUAUAUUGUGCUGA